CUCACAGACAAGUUGUAUUGUCAGAACUGAUUAUAAAGUAGAAUCUUAAGGAUGUUUCGAUUGUUAAGUGGAAUAUUAAUCCUGCUGUAUGGAACAUCUGUUACUGCAACAACAAUUUCUCAUGAGCCUGGGAUGUGUAUGCUUUAUGGGAACUGCGGAUACUACGAAGAAAAUGAUCCAACUCAUAGUAAAGGAGAGUUACCUUGUUUGGACAACCGGAAAGCGGUGGUGCUUGAUAAGACAUCAGCGCAUUACAAAAGUUUAGCAAAGACAUGUCCGAACCUUAUAAAGCCGGAUGGCGAACCAACGGCAAUAUGCUGCGACCCACAACAACUCAAUACGUUGGAAAGACAACUAACAGCCUCAGUUUUGGUUUUUAAUCGCUGUCCAAGUUGUGUGGAAAAUUUUCGUGGCUUAUAUUGUCAAAUAACAUGUUCGCCAAACCAAGCAACAUUUAUGAACGUCACAGAAAUGCGCAAUACCACCGAAACCGAGGGUGCAUUCACUGAAAGUAUUUAUAUAUCUGAAACAUAUGCGACUAAUGUUCACACUUCAUGUAAAGAUGUCAUUUUCCCACAGACUAAUGGAAAAGCAAUGGCUUUGGUUUGUAAUGGUUUUAGUGGUGAUGACUGCACGCCACAAAGAUUCCUUGAUUAUCUGGGUUCCACUAAUAAUGGCAUUGCUCCACUAAAUAUGGACUUUCAACAAAUUGGUAAUGACACAGGUCCAAACAGUGAUGCUAUACAAUCGCCACCAGAGGGCAUGGCUCCACUUGAUGCGUUUGCUUAUAAGUGCCAAGAUGCUCCAAGUCCAACGGAGUUUGCAUGUAGUUGUACUGAUUGUGAAGCCUCAUGUCCUGCCCCACCCAUACUACAACCAGAUCAAGUACCAUUCAUGAUCGGCACUGCGGAUGGUGUUGCUGUUAUAGUGCUCAUCAUAUUUCUUGCAUUUGUGGUUCUGUUCACAGCAUAUCUCGUCAUUGAUUUUAUGUUUAAAAAUGGGAAUGUGAAACAAAAGAUCGACUACAUGGUUGCGGAGGCUGAGAGCAAAAUACCUUAUACUAAAGCUGAGGAUAAUGGAGGUCGGACACUUGUUACAAAAAUCCCCUUUUUUCAAAAAGUUGGAAAAUCAACUCAAGAUUUUAUAAGCUCAGUGUUUCGUAGAUGGGGUAGUUUUGUUGCAAGAAAUCCUGUGGUUGUUCUUAUUUCUGCCAUCUUGGUGUGUGUGGCUUUGUGCGUUGGUGUUAAGUUUGUCAUUCUUACAACUGAUCCAAUUGAAUUAUGGUCUUCUGCUGGAAGUAGGGUGAGACAAGAAAAAGAUUACUAUGAUGAAAAAUUUGGAGCUUUUUAUCGGACAGAGAUGAUUAUCAUGAAACUUAAACCACAAUAUGUGACUGGAUUUUCGGAAUAUACUUCAUUUACUGGUGUGAAAUACAACUUCAGUAAUAUUCUUGAAACCAAAUACAUACUUGAGAUGCUUGCUUUACAAAAUGAGCUUCGAUAUAUGAACGUUUCCUAUGAAGUUGAUGGUGAAGUAAACAUUGGAACGCUGAAUGAUAUCUGUUUCAUACCCUUGUCACCUGAUAACAACAACUGCACCAUUACAUCAGUGAUGAACUACUGGCAGAAUGAUCCAAAUGAAAUGUUUAAAACUGCGAACUACACAGAUAAAAUAUCAGAGGAGACAUAUGUUGUCGAUUAUCGUGACCAUUUCUUAUAUUGCGUACAAGCCCCAGCUACAGUCCAAGAUACAACACCAUUGAAACAAAACUGCAUGGGAGAUUUUGGUGGACCAGUAUUUCCAUAUUUAGCUCUUGGGGGGCAAGGAGAGGGCAACGGAUAUAACGAAGCACCAAGUUCAAUAUUAACAUUUGUCGUGAGCAACUUUGCUAAGGAAGAUAACAGAACUAAAUUAGUAACAGCAUGGGAGAAACAAUUCCUAAGGUUCAUGGAUAAUUACACAUCAGAGUAUUUUGAUUUUGCCUAUUUCUCCGAGAGGUCACCAGAAGAUGAAUUGGAACGAUCCAGUCAAACUGAUGUUGUUGUGUUUGCUGUUAGUUAUCUUGUAAUAUUUGCUUACAUUGCGAUAGCACUUGGCACUUACACAUCACUGAAGCGCAUCCCUGUGGAUUCAAAGAUAUCACUUGGAGUAUCAGGAAUACUUGUCAUUUUAGCGAGUGUGUUUACAAGUAUCGGACUUUUUGGUUAUAUAGGGUACGCUACUUCACUGAUUGUGAUUGAAGUUGUGCCAUUCUUGGUUUUAGCAAUUGGAGCAGAUAACAUUUUCAUUCUAACACUUGAGUACCAGCGUGAUGAGAGGAAACCAGAUGAAGAUCUUGCAGAUCAAAUAGGACGAGUAAUGGGUGAAGUAGGCCCAAGCAUGCUGCUAUGUUCACUUACAGAAUGUGUUGCUUUCUUUCUCGGUGCUUUGACUGACAUGCCAGCUGUUGAACAAUUUGCCUUGGCUGCUGCUGUUGCGAUUGCUUUUGACUUUUUACUUCAAAUAACAGCAUUUCUAGCAGUUUUGUCAUUAGACGCUAGACGAACAAGGGGUAAUCGUGUGGAUGUUUGCUGUUGCAUUAAGAUGGAACCUGCAGAACCAAACACAAAAACUUAUCUUGAGACUUUUUUCCACAAAUAUUAUGCACCGGUAUUAAUGAACGAUCUUGUACGAUACGUGGUGAUGAUUGGUUUUGUCGGACUCAGUUGCUGGUGUACCAUACUGUGUACAAGAAUUACUGUGGGAUUGGAUCAAGAUCUCUCUGUUCCAAAAGAUUCAUAUGUAUUGAAGUAUUUUGAUUACAUGGAAAAAUAUCUAGAUGUUGGUGUGCCAGUUUACUUUGUGACAAAAGGGGCUUAUAAUUUUGCCGACAAAAAUGCAAGUUCACUUAUUUGCGGAUCUGCUGGCUGUGACACAUAUUCAUUGACGCAACAAAUAUCUUAUGCCAGCCAAAAUGCAUCAUACUGGCGAAUAGAAACCCCUGCUGCAUCUUGGUAUGAUGAUUAUGUGGAUUGGUUGCCUCCACAAGGUGUAGGUGGGAGGAAGUCAUGCUGUCGGUAUGAAACCUUUCAUCCAAAUGAAUUUUGUCCAGCAACUGAUACAGUAUCAAAAUGCUCACCGUGCUUAAAAAAUGAGGACUACACACCAGAUGACUUCAUGCAAUAUCUUCCCUGGUUUUUGAUUGACAACCCGGGUGUUGAGUGUAACAAGGGGGGCCAUUCAGCAUAUGGAAAUGCAGUGAACAUAGUAAAUAACUACACUGGAAGUGGUACAGAUGUUGUAGAUGCCAGUUAUUUUAUGGCUUUUCACAGUGUGUGUAUUAAAUCGGUGGAUUGCACAGAAAAUCUGAUAAAAGCAAGAAAACUGGCAGAUAAUAUUACUAAAACAUUGAAAGCAGCAAAUAAAGAUGGAAAUAAUAUUUUGGAAAAUGAGGAAGAUUUUGAAGUGUUUCCUUAUUGUCUCUACUAUGUUUACUACGAACAAUACUUGACUGCAGUUGAAGACACACUUUUCCAACUUGGAAUUUGCCUUAUUCCCACAUUUGCAUUCAGUUUCAUUUUACUUGGAUUUGACUUCUAUUCAGGCAUUAUAACAGUCCUUACAAUUGUAAUGAUUGUUGUGGAUACAGCAGGGCUCUGUUCACUAUGGGGUGUGGAUAUGAAUGCUGUGUCUUUGAUAAAUCUUGUGGCGGCAAUUGGAUUGUCGGUUGAAUUUAUAAGCCAUGUGGUACGGACUUUCUCUUUAAAGACCCACAUAUCAAAAAAGAAACGAGUGAUUGAGUCAAUGACAACUAUGGGACCAGCGGUUUUUGCUGGAGUUGCUUUGACAAAUCUUCCUGGAAUAAUUGUACUCAACUGGGCGACUGCUCAACUAAUUCAAAUCUUUUUCUUCCGAAUGUGUUUGGUCAUAACUCUGCUUGGCACUGCACAUGGGUUGAUUUUUCUUCCCGUUUUUCUCAGCUAUUUUGGACCACCAGUAAACAAGGCUAUACUAUAUGAAGAACAGUCGGAGUUACGAAAAGCAACUCAAACUGUCUAUAUGAAUGUAGAAAAAGCAGAUCAAGAAAAACAAUGUGACAAAACAAAUAAGAAUGUCUAUAUGAAUGUAGAAAAAGCAGAUCAAGAAAAGCAAUGUGACUAUACAGAAUUUUAAUUUUUUAUCAUUUUCAUUCCCCCAUGUUAUUUUUACAAAGGAUUAAGAUGUUUUAUACAAAUUGCACCUAAUUUCUUCACACUAAUUUAUUAUUGCACUAGAUUAUCUAACUUGUAAACUGCAUUAACUUUUCAUGAGUAAUCAAUACAAAACAUACGUUCAUUUCUCUA